GAACUUAUUGACAGUGAUGACGAAGUGCUUGUGGCGAUGGCAGACCAACUUGGCGAUUUUCUUCCCUUAGUGGGUGGUUCCAAGAAUACGGAAUACAUCCUGGAUAUUCUGGAGAAGCUCUGCACCAUGCAGGAAGUCUCCGUGCGUGAAGCAGCAACGAAAGCCAUCCUCAAGAUCUGCGAGUCGCUGAGUCCCGAAGAAAUCAACGAAUACAUCCAAGCCACCGCGAUCCACAUGUACAACAGCGAAUGGUUCACAUCGAAGUCAAUCUGCGUCUGCUCGCUGCUCCCCAUCCUCUACAAGACGAAGCAAGCCACCGGGGACUUCGACACCAUCAUCGAAAUGUACGACGAGCUCUGCAAGGACAGCACGCCCAUGAUCCGAAAAGCCGCGAUUUCCGUCAUUCCCGAAUUCAUCAAGGUCAUGGACCCGGAGAGCUGCAAGCUCAUUCUCGUCCGCGAUUUGUACUUGCUGGUCCGCGACGAUCAAGAAAACAUCCGGAUUUUUGGAAACGCGAGCUGCGUCGCGCUGGCGCGCGUGCUCUCCGAAGAAGACCGCGGGACUUUGAUCCUCCCGCUCUUUUUGGAGCUCGCCGAGGACAGUAGUUGGAGGGUCCGCUACACGACGGUGACGCAGAUCGGCGAGAUUUGCGCGUUGUUCCCGCGGGAAUUGGUGGAGAGCAAGCUGUUGCCGGAGUUCCUGAAACUGCUCCAGGACAACGAGUUGGAGGUGCGUACGAUCGCAGCGAGCUCGAUCAGCGCGAUUUGCAAGUAUUUGCGCGUGGAGAAGGUGGAGGAGAUGAUCAGCGUAAUGACGAUUCUCAGUUCGGAUGCGAGCGAGCAUGUGCGUGUUGGGCUCGCGAGCGACUUCCUAAGUAGUCAUUUGCGGCGUGUUUGA